UCCCUGCCAAUGUAUCCCUGACUGAAAGCGACAAGCUCAUCGGUCGCCGCAGAACAGCUUCAGUCAAGCAUGCCUCCCAGAAUAUGGAUGCCAAACUUCCCCUUGCGACUCAAGUUGAAAGCGCCGCCGCAAGCGCACGUCAAAAUGCCUCAGCCGGGGACUGAAGGCACGUUCAAGACGAAGGAGCUCGUCUUCGAAACCGUCCCCCAAAUGACCAAGCUCGAGAUCAAGCAAUUCCUGCGAGCAGCGUACGGCAUCGACGUCAACAAUGUGCACUCCCUCGUCGUCAUGGGCAAGCGCAAAAACGAACACACGCGCAUGCCGGUGCAAGAGAAGGACUUUAAAAGGUUUUACGUCAAGCUAAAGUCCGACGUUGAGCUGCCCAACGUCCCAAAACCGCUCGACAAAGUCAACCAAGCCACCCCCUAA